AGUUUAGCUACUUCUAACAAAUGUUGUAAUCACUCUCUUCUGCUCCACCAGAUCCCUUCUAACAUCCAGGCAGGCAAUUGAUUUUAGCUGAUUGGUGGUGGAGAGUUUGUUAAUUGAAGAGUGAAAUGGAAAGGGGAGAGGGAUCCUUAGACAAGGUCCUAACUUCCGAGACAAAGGCACAGUCUUCAGCUGAGAGUGUCAAAACAACAACAAAAACUGUUAUUAAACCAACUGUUUCGUCGUCUUUGAAGGUCACUGGUUCUACUACUGGAACCACCCGAAAGAGGAUAGAACCCAAGAGUGUUUCUAAUGUGGCCAAAUUGACUCCGAGGAAAUCGACUAUAGAUCAUGGAAAUACUACUUCUAACGAGGCUCCAGCUAUUAGAAGGAAUAGCACUGGGACUUUACAGGAAAAGCAACAGCAAGUCCCAGUUAAGAAAAUUAUCAGCAGCGUUGGUUCAGCUGUUGGCAGGAAGACUAGUUCUUCAGUAACAACAGAGCCAUUGAGGCGGUCUCUUCCUGAAGUCCGUAGGAGCUCACUACCUUCGCUAGCUAGCAAAGCUUCAGUUCGUGCAAGCUCCUCUGAGACUAAGAAGUCAGCUCCUACUUCUCCUGUUGUUAGAACUUCUAGAACCAUGGGCAGUAAUUCUGAAGCAAGCAAGGGACGCUCUAAUGUUAAAUCGUCUUCAUUACUUUCUUCAUCAUCGAGAGUUCCUUCAACGUCCCUAGACAGCACCGGGAGCAGCACGGCAAGGAAGCCCAUCUCAAAGCUUUCUUCUACAUCCGCUCAAUCAUCUGCAGUUUCUAGUGGAUCAAAAUCUGGAUCUCUAUCGUCUUCCCGAGAAAAGAUGUCUACUUCAUCGAGCCAAAGAAAAGCAACAACUCCUGAAAUCAGGGUCUCUCGUUUGAUCAUGCUUCCUCAAGUUGAGAUCAAAGCUGGUGAUGAUGUGAGGUUGGAUCUUAGGGGUCACAGGAUUCGUACUUUGAAAGCUAGUGGGCUGAACUUGUCUCCUAAUUUGGAGUUCGUUUAUCUCAGAGACAACCUGCUAUCUUCAUUAGAAGGCAUUGACAUACUGAAGCGGGUGAAGGUUCUUGAUUUGAGCUUUAAUGAUUUUAAAGGGCCUGGAUUCGAACCACUUGAAGCCUGCAAAGCCUUGCAGCAACUCUACCUUGCUGGGAAUCAAAUCACAUCACUGACGACACUUCCUGCACUUCCAAAUUUGGAGUUCCUCUCUGUUGCACAGAAUAAGUUAAAGUCUCUUUCAAUGGCAAGUCAGCCACGGCUACAGGUAUUAGCUGCCAGCAAGAAUAAAGUAUCAACACUAAAGGGUUUUCCUUGUUUACCAUCACUUGAGCAUUUACGCUUAGAGGAGAAUCCUAUACUUGAGAUGGCACAUAUCGAAGCGGCUUCUGUUUUGCUUGUUGGUCCAACCCUGAAGAAGUUCAACGAUAGAGAUCUUUCUCCUAAAGAGAUUGCAUUCGCAAAACAUUAUCCUGCACAUACAGCAGUUUGCAUUGCAGGAGGUUGGGAGUUUUGCCGCUCAGAACAAGCUGUAGAGUCAACUUUUCAUUUUCUUGUUGAGCAAUGGAAUGAUCAUUUCCCUCCUGGUUACAUGCUCAUGGAAGCCUCAGUUGAUCAACCAUUUGAAGAAGAUGCCUGUUGCUGCCACUUUCUCUUUACCAAAGAUAAAAUCAGAAAUGAUGAAUCAGAAUUAGUUUUGAAUUAUCAGUGGUUCAUUGGAGGCACAACACUUUCAAACUUCACCAUGAUUCCAGAUGCUAUUGCAGAGGUGUACUGGCCAAAACAUGAUGAUGUGGGAAAGAUUUUGAAGGUGGAGUGUACUCCUGUACUGGGAGAUUCUAGAUAUCCCCCUAUUUUUGCUAUAUCUUCACCAGUUUUCCGAGGAACUGGAUGCCCGAAAGUUUUGAAGCUUGAUGUGCGUGGAGAACUUGUGGAAGGAAACAUAAUUACAGGCUACCCGGAGGUUGCAUGGUGUGGCGGAACCCCAGCAAAAGGCAUUUCUAGUUGGUUAAGGAGAAGAUGGAAUAGUAGUCCAGUGGUGAUUGCUGGUGCAGAAAAUGAGGAAUAUCAAUUGACUCUAGAUGACAUUGAUUCAUGUCUGGUUUAUAUGUACACUCCUGUAACAGAAGAAGGAACCAAAGGAGAACCUCAAUAUGCAAUCACAGAUUACAUAAAACCUGCUCCUCCAUCAGUUAACAACUUGCAAAUAAUCGGAGACAUUGUAGAAGGAAAUACUGUUAGCGGGGUUGGUGUGUACUUCGGGGGAAAAGAAGGACCAAGCAAAUUUGAAUGGUUGCGUGAGAAUAUAGAUACGGGAGACUUUGUCCUGGUGCUAACUGGCACGAAUGAGUAUAGUUUGUCCAAGGAAGAUGUUGGUUCGCGAUUGGCUUUCGUAUACCUUCCUGUAAAUUUCGAGGGCCAAGAAGGAAAAUCUUCGUCAAUACUGUCUCCAAUAGUCAAACGAGCUCCACCGAGAGUAACAGACCUGAAGAUAUUUGGUGAUUUGAGGGAGGGAAGUAAGGUUACAGUGACGAGUAAUGUGACUGGAGCUACUGAAGGAUCUAGCAAAGUUCAGUGGUUCAAAACAUUUUCCUCAAUUCUUGAUGGUGAGAAUGGUCUUGAAGCAGUAAGCACGUCAAAAUUGGCCAAGGCAUUUCGCAUACCUUUAGGGGCUGUCGGAUGCUACAUUGUUGCCAAGUUUACUCCUGUUAAUGCAGAUGGGGAAUCUGGUGAACCAGCAUUUGUUAUAUCAGAUAGAGCUGUCGAAACUCUUCCCCCAAAUUUAAAUUUCUUAUCCAUAACCGGUGAUUACUCGGAAGGUGGAAUGCUGACAGCAUCUUAUGGGUACAUAGGUGGUCACGAAGGAAAGAGCAUUUACAAUUGGUAUCUUCAUGAGGUUGAGACUGACCCUGGUAUGGUAAUACCUGAGGUUUCAGGUCGUCUUCAAUAUAGUGUCACCAAAGAUGCCAUUGGUAAAUUUAUCUCCUUUACAUGUACUCCAUUACGUGAUGAUGGGAUUGUGGGGGAGUCAAGAACUUGCAUGGGGCAAGAGCGUGUUCAGCCAGGAAGCCCUAGAUUGCUGUCUCUACACAUGGUUGGGACUGCAGUUGAAGGCACGACACUAUAUGUGAACAAACAGUACUGGGGUGGUGAAGAGGGAGACUCUGUUUUCCGCUGGUUCAGGACUAGCUCAGAUGGCAUGCAAGAAGAAAUUGUAGAUGCUACUACAUCAUCAUACUUGCUUUCAGCUGAGGACAUUGGCUUUUUUAUAUCAGUUUCCUGUGAACCUGUGAGAAAGGAUUGGGCCCGUGGUCCUAUUGUAUUAUCUGAACAGAUUGGACCAAUAUCUCCUGGGCCGCCAACUUGCCAGUCACUCGAGUUUCAUGGCUCAAUGGUUGAAGGAGGGCGUUUGACCUUCAUUGCAUCUUAUAGCGGAGGGGAGAAAGGAGCUUGCUUCUUUAAAUGGUUUCGAGUGAAGGCUAAUGGGUACAAGGAGAAGCUACAUUCUGGUGAGCAUUUAGAUUUGACUUUAGAGGAUGUUGGAGCAUGUGUGGAGCUUGUUUUUACACCUGUGCGAGGAGAUGGAGUUAAAGGGAGCCCAAAGAGUAUUGUAUCUGGUCCUGUUGCUCCAGCUGAUCCUACGGGUGUGGAACUUCUAAUUCCUGAUUGCUGUGAGGACAAGGUUGUGGUUCCUCUGAAGACAUACUUUGGUGGACAAGAAGGGGAUGGAAAUUAUAUUUGGUACAGAACCCGGUCCAAGCUUGAUGCAUCGGCUCUCAGGGAUAUAUCAGAUGCUUGUGAGGAUGUGACUACAUGUGGGAAAACAUUAACAUACACUCCAUCAUUGGAGGAUGUGGGUGCUUAUCUGGCUUUGUAUUGGGUCCCAACUCGUGCAGAUGGAAAAUCUGGGGAACCGUUGCUGUCCAUCUGUAACAAUCCAGUGAGUCCAGCCCUUCCUAUAGUUUCCAAAGUUAGUGUGAAGGCGUUGUCCUUAAGCACCUAUUCUGGUGAUGGAGAAUACUUCGGUGGUUAUGAAGGAUCAAGCAUCUUUAGUUGGUAUAGAGAAACAAUGGAGGGAACAACUAUUCUUAUUGAUGGUGCGAACUGCAAAACUUAUGAAGUUUCAGAUUCAGAUUACAAUUGCCGAUUGUUGUUUGGGUAUACACCAGUUCGUUCUGAUUCGGUUGUGGGAGAACUGAAAUUGUCUGAGCCAACUGAUGUGAUUCUCCCAGAGCUUCCGAGAAUUGAGAUGCUUGCUCUUACUGGUAAGGCAGUUGAGGGGGAAGUACUGACUGCUAUUGAAGUUAUCCCAAAGAGUGAUCCUCAGCAGAACGUCUGGCAAAAGUACAAGAAACAUGUCAGAUACCAGUGGUAUUUUUCUUCUGAAAUGGGAACCAAAGCCUUUGAGCCCGUACAAUCACAAAGUUCUUGCUCCUAUAAGCUGCGCUUUGACGACAUUGGUUGUUGCUUCAAAUGCGAGUGCAUUGUGACAGAUACAUUUGGAAGAUCUAGUGAGCCAGCAUAUGUUGAAACUGCUCCCAUUUCCCCAGGGAUUCCUAAAAUAGAGAAGCUGGAAAUUGAAGGCAGAGGUUUUCAUACCAACUUGUAUGCGGUACGUGGUACUUAUAGUGGAGGGAAGGAGGGUAAGAGUAAAAUCCAAUGGCUUAGAUCAAUGGUUGGCAGUCCAGAUUUAAUUUCUAUUCCAGGUGAGACAGGAAGGAUGUAUGAAGCGAAUGUUGAUGAUGUGGGCUAUCGGCUGGUUGCAAUAUAUACUCCUGUAAGAGAAGAUGGGGUUGAGGGGUAUCCAGUUUCUGCUUCAACUGAACCUAUAACUGUUGAACCUGACGUGCUUAAAGAAGUCAAACAGAAGCUUGAUCUUGGCUCUGUGAAGUUUGAGGCAUUAUGUGACAAGGACAGAUCUUCAAAGAAGGUUCCUGGAUUGGGUACUCUUGAGAGAAGAAUAUUGGAAGUUAAUAGGAAAAGAGUGAAGGUUGUGAAGCCUGGUUCCAAGACUUCCUUCCCAACAACUGAAAUUCGUGGAAGCUAUACCCCUCCUUUCCAUGUGGAGAUAUUUGGUAACGACCAACAUCGGCUGAGGAUUGUCGUGGAUAGUGAGAAUGAAGUAAGCUUGAUGGUUCAAACCCGACACCUGAGAGACGUGAUCGUACUAGUGAUCCGAGGCUUUGCUCAACGAUUCAAUAGUACAUCCCUCAACUCCCUCCUCAAGAUUGAGCCAUAAUCGAUCAAGUGAUCCGAUCUUUGUAUAUUUGCGGUGGUUUCUGUGAGUUUUAUACUUUUUUUUUUUUUACGGUGUUAAAUAUGUAUCCAAUUGAAAAUGAAAAAGAAAACAGUAUAUAUGUCGAGUUAUGAUGUUGCAUGUAGGGAUGUAUAUGUAAUGCAUUAUAUUUGCUUGUAUGCGAUGGAUAUGGAUUUUGUGAUCA